ACCUUCACAGCAUGGUGCAACUCACACUUACGAAAGGCAGGAACUGCCAUCGAAUCGAUCGAAGAAGACUUCAGAAAUGGCCUGAAGCUGAUGCUCCUACUGGAGGUGAUCUCCGGGGAGACUUUACCGAAACCCGACCGCGGCAAGAUGCGAUUCCACAAAAUCGCCAAUGUCAACAAGGCCCUCGACUUUAUCGCCAGCAAAGGCGUCAAGCUCGUGUCGAUUGGUGCCGAAGAAAUCGUCGACGGCAAUCUGAAGAUGACUCUCGGUAUGAUAUGGACGAUAAUUCUACGCUUCGCCAUCCAAGACAUCUCCGUGGAAGAGAUGACCGCGAAAGAGGGUCUGUUGCUGUGGUGUCAACGUAAAACCGCGCCCUACAAGAACGUCAACGUGCAGAACUUCCAUCUGUCGUUCAAGGAUGGUCUGGCAUUCUGUGCUCUCAUUCAUCGUCAUCGGCCCGAUCUCAUCGAUUAUCAUAAGCUCAGCAAAGACAAUCCACUGGAGAAUCUCAACACGGCCUUCGACGUCGCCGAGAAGUAUCUCGACAUUCCGCGCAUGUUGGAUCCCGAUGACAUGCGUAACACAGCUAUGCCCGACGAGAGAGCCGUCAUGACGUACGUGUCGUCGUACUACCAUUGUUUCAGUGGCGCUCAAAAGGCUGAAACCGCAGCCAAUAGGAUCUGCAAAGUGUUGAAAGUCAACCAAGAAAACGAACGCUUAAUGGAAGAGUACGAACGUUUGGCAUCCGAUCUCCUGGAAUGGAUCCGACGUACGAUGCCGUGGCUGAACAGCCGUCAAACCGACAACUCACUUGCUGGCUGUCAAAAGAAACUUGAGGAAUAUCGUACUUACAGGCGCAAGCACAAGCCACCACGCGUGGAACAGAAAGCCAAAUUAGAGACGAACUUCAAUACCCUACAAACGAAGUUAAGGUUGAGUAACCGACCUGCCUACAUGCCGACUGAAGGAAAGAUGGUGUCGGACAUCAAUAAGGCUUGGAAAGGUCUUGAAACAGCCGAGAAGGCCUUUGAGGACUGGCUACUCUCGGAGAUGAUGAGACUCGAACGCCUCGAGCAUCUCGCUCAGAAAUUCAAGCACAAAGCCGAUGCUCACGAGGACUGGACUGCCGGUAAAGAAGAGAUGCUUACUUCGCAGCAUUUCAGACAGUGCAAGCUCAACGAACUCAAGGCUUUGAAGAAGAAACACGAGGCUUUUGAGUCGGAUCUCGCUGCUCAUCAGGAUCGCGUUGAGCAGAUUGCUGCUAUUGCUCAGGAGCUUAACACUUUGGAAUAUCACGACAGUGCUUCCGUUAAUGCAAGAUGCCAGAGAAUCUGCGAUCAAUGGGAUCGUCUUGGUUCGUUGACUCAACGUAGACGUCAAGCGCUCGACGAAGCUGAACGUAUCUUAGAAAAGAUUGACGUCUUGCAUUUGGAAUUUGCCAAACGCGCUGCUCCGUUUAAUAAUUGGUUGGAUGGUACACGAGAGGAUCUCGUCGACAUGUUUAUCGUCCAUACAAUGGAAGAAAUUCAAGGUCUAAUGGAUGCUCACUCAGCAUUCAAAGCAACACUCGGAGAAGCCGACAAGGAAUACAAUUCGAUCGUUGGUUUAGUGCGCGAAGUCGAGUCCAUUGUUAAGCAGUUCCAAAUUCCUGGAGGUCUUGAGAACCCCUACACUACUCUUACUGCUUUGGAUCUUACUAAAAAAUGGAGUGAUGUUAGGCAGUUGGUGCCACAGCGUGACGGUACACUUGCCGCUGAAUUACGCAAACAACAAAAUAAUGAGCUCCUGCGCAGGCAGUUUGCCGAAAAGGCAAAUGCAGUAGGACCAUGGAUUGAGCGACAACUUGAUGCUGUUACUGCCAUUGGUCUUGGAUUACAGGGUACACUUGAAGACCAGCUGCACAGACUCAAAGAAUACGAACAAGCUGUAUAUGCAUACAAAGCUCAUCUUGAGGAGCUCGAAAAGAUUCACCAAGCGGUGCAAGAAGGUAUGAUAUUUGAAAAUCGUUACACUCAAUACACCAUGGAGACACUGCGCGUCGGAUGGGAACAGUUACUCACUUCCAUCAAUCGUAAUAUCAAUGAGGUUGAAAACCAGAUUCUUACUCGUGAUUCCAAGGGAAUAACGCAAGAACAACUAAGCGAAUUCCGCAGCAGCUUCAAUCAUUUCGACAAGAACCGAACAGGUCGACUGGCGCCAGAGGAAUUCAAGUCGUGCCUCGUAUCAUUGGGCUACUCGAUCGGCAAGGAUCGUCAAGGUGACAUUGACUUCCAACGUAUUCUCGCCAUUGUCGAUCCCAACAAUUCUGGUUAUGUUCAAUUCGACGCCUUCCUCGACUUUAUGACCCGCGAGUCGACGGAUACCGACACUGCCGAGCAGGUCAUCGAUAGUUUCCGCAUUCUAGCUGGUGACAAGCCCUAUAUCCUCGCCGACGAGUUGAGGAGAGAACUGCCACCCGACCAGGCUGAAUAUUGCAUACUACGAAUGCCACCAUAUAAAGGGCCAAAUGCACAACCUGGCGCCCUCGACUACCGUUCGUUCUCCACAGCCCUCUACGGCGAAUCGGAUUUAUAAACAUGCAAAAAACAAUAACUCGAAUGACACAAAAAAAAACAAAAACAAUCAAGUUAUCGCAUAAUAUAUAUCGUUUUAGGAUCUCUCAAGAUUCGUCCAUAAAUGAAAAAUAAAGCUUAUUACGUCUCUGCUUGAAGCGGAGUCACUCGCACAAAAGGCCUACCAAAGAAAACAAUUAAGCAAAGGAAGGCUUUUAUCAUUUUUCGAUACUUAUACAUAUGAAGAAUCCAAAUUUUUUGAGACAAUAUACAUAUCCCAACGAUAAUAAAAAUAAAUUUUACAAUUUUACAUAGCGUUUUUGCGCGGUAAGUGGAUGAGCUUAUAAAAACAAAAAAACAAAAAAGAGAAAAAGAAAGAAUAUAAGAAACGAGUCGACGAUGCCAAACGAUUCGUAUGCCAAAUCUCACCAGAGUAUUUUGCCAUAAUCUCAGAACAGCGGGAGUCGUAUUUUUUUUUUUUUUUUUUUUGUUAAAUCGAUUUAAAAUUGUCCUAUUUUUUUAUAAAAAAAUAACAUGCGGCGAACGAAUAAUGAGAGAGAAAAAAGAUACGGAAAUACGGCGGGUAAUACAAUUUUUACGAACUUGCCCUACCAUACUUGCUUUACAAAACAAAACACGUGAAGAAAAAAAUAUCCUAUAUUAAUCGCGAGCAUACAAAUUAUUUAUUUAUUUGAUUUAUUACUUAUUUAUUAUGAAUAUUAUAUAUAUUAUAUAUACCAAUAUAUACUGUAGUGAAAUGAAGUGAAAAAAUGAACUUAAUCAAAGUAUUUAUUUUUAUAAAUAUUUUUCGAAGCUACGAGAGAUCUUAAACAAAACAAAUUAUUAGAGGCGAGACGAUUUUUUAAAAUAAAUUAAAAUAAAAAUCGUUCAUCGAGAAUGCAGCUAUACGUAUCACGUAAUCAUCAGUACUGAAAAAAAAUCAUGUCUUCAAAUCGUGUGUCAAAAAAAAAAUUCAGGCUUAAGGCUUUAUACGCUUUGAAUUGUUAUUACUUUUUUUUUGUUUUUGUUUUCUUUAUAAUUUUUUUUUGUAAUCCCGUUGCUUUUGUUAUGCUCUUCAUGGUACUUUUAUUUUCACUGUAUUUUGAAAUUCUUUUCUCUCUUUGAGAGGACAAACGUAAAUCAUGUGGUUAGACAGGAACAAAAAAUAAACCGAGCAAACAAAUUGCGCUUUAUAAUAUCUGUACAUAAAACAAAUUUAAUGAACUACAUUAUUAUAAACAUUUUCUACUCGCAGUAGAAUCAUGGAAUAGAGGAAAAGAUCGACUAUCAUCACGUCAUAACCGAAAAAAAUAUAAGGCGAUAAAUCUUGUUUUUCUCGCUUUUAGCACCUAUACUACACAUACAUUAAUAAGCACGCAAUUGUAAUUGUAACGUUUAAAGUUAAUUUUACGUUGUAAUUAUACAAGUAUGUUUGAUUUUAACUACGAUUAUAAUAGAGAAUCACCUAUACCACACCUUCACAUCUCUACUCGAUUGCACACACUAUUUUUUUUCUUUGGCUACUUCAUUUCUCUCCUCUACUAGUUUAAUAACAAAUUAUAAGGUUGUAAAAUGAGAACAACGAUAUGUGAGAAAAUAAA